AUGGAAAGCACUCGUGAACACAACUUCUUGAUAAAGCUUGUCCUCGUUGGAAGUUCUGGCGUUGGGAAAACCUGUCUCAUUCAAAGAUACAAUGGAGAUCCCUACAAUCCCGAUAUCUUGCCAUCCAUCAGCGGCGACUGGCUUGUACGGAAGAUAGAAGUAGGUGGAAAACGAGUCAAGUUGCGGAUCUGGGAUACGAGCGGAGUGGAGAGGUUACGACCUCUCACUACGUCCUACUAUCGGUAUUCCAAUGGAGUAUUCCUAGUUUAUGAUGUUGCAAGUGAGGGUAGUUUCAAUGAUAUCCAAUCAUACUGGUCCCAAUCUGUGAAUCAGCAUGCUCCUGAAAAGGCCACUAAAAUUUUGGUCGGCAACAAAUCCGACUUGAUUGAAAGGCGUGUCGUCUCUACGAAGAGAGGAGAGGAGCUAGCAGACAAACUCGGAAUUCCUUUCUUUGAAGUUUCGGCAAAGAACAACUUGGAACUCGGCAAAGCCUUUCACACGAUGACUCUCUUGAUAACAAAAACACUCAUGAACGAUAAUGAGCCCGGAGACUCUCAGUCCGGUGUUGUUGUCGACCCCAAGGCGAAUUCUAAAUCACCUUACCUGCGUAACCUCGCUGGCCUGUUUGCACGGUCACGGGAUCAAUCUAACCGAGCCUCUAUGUUGAACUAGCUAAAGCAAUAUAGCUAGGGUCACGUGCUUGCAAUGUAAAC